UGACACGCAACCAAGACAGCAACAACGAAGAAACAACAUAAAGAUUAACGAAAGCGUCAUCAUUCGUGAACAACAAGCAAACAACCCUUGUUUUUAAUGUUGCUGUCACUGUUACCGAAUCCUAUAAAAUUUAUUCCCUUGUUUCUUGUUUUUCUUUAUUUUCAUUCUCAUUUUUCAAUCACCAUUCAAUCUUCUUCGUUUGUUUCUCACACCACUUGAAACUUGUCUUCAUAUUGCUGUCAACAAUCACUCCAUGUACUUGCUGAACAGGCUUUGGUUUGGUAGCGCAAGGGUAACAGAAAAGAUGGAUUCAUCCAUUGCUCAAGGACUAGAUGACGACACACCAGCACUAGGUCAACAGUUUGCCCAGUUUGGUGCCGGCUGCUUUUGGAGUGUCGAGCUGGCCUUCCAGAGAGUGGCUGGGGUGACCAAGACCGAGGUUGGUUAUAGCCAGGGGCUUUUGCAUAAUCCAAGAUAUCAGGAUGUGUGUUCAGCGACCACGAGACAUUCGGAGGUUGUGAGACUCCAGUAUGAUCCUAAAGAAUGUAGCUAUGAGACUCUGCUUGAUGCGUUCUGGGCUAAACACGAUCCUACCACACUGAACCGACAGGGGAAUGAUGUGGGAACACAAUACAGGUCUGGAAUAUACUAUUACACCCCUGAACAAGAGAAAGCAGCGCGAGAAUCAUUGGAACAACAACAAAAGAAGUUAAACAGGAAGAUUGUUACUGAGAUCCUUCCUGCCAAGAAGUUCUACAGGGCAGAAGAGUAUCAUCAACAAUACCUUGAAAAAGGUGGCCGAUUUGGUUGCAAACAAUCUUCUUCCAAGGGAUGCAAUGAUCCUAUUCGAUGCUAUGGUUAAUUAAUAUGCUAAUCACCACCAAGAACUAGAUGACUAGUUUAGAUGCUGGAAAUUGAUAUAUUUUGUUGAUAAGUAUUUGUUAAUACUUUUAAUAAAACAAAGUUUCACACUAUAUGCUCUAUUCUAUUUUUAGGUUGAAGAUCGCCGUAAAAUCAGUUCUUUUGAGUC